CUCAUCCACGACGACCUCCCUGCGAUGGACAAUGACGACUUCCGGCGCGGGAAGCCGACCAACCACGUCCUGUACGGCGACGACGUUGCCAUACUCGCGGGCGACGCGAUGCUCUCGACGGCGUUCGAGUACGUCGCCGCAAACACAAAGGGCGUGGCGGCGGAGAGGGUCGUCCAGGUCCUGCGCAUGCUCGGCGAGAGCGUCGGCCCGAUGGGGCUGGCGGGCGGGCAGGUGAUGGACCUCAAGUGCGAGGGGCAGCCGGACGUCGGGAUCGACACGCUGCAGUGGAUACACACCUACAAGACCGCGGCGCUGCUCAAGGCCGCGGUCUGUUGCGGGGCGGCGCUCGCCGGCGCCUCGGACGAGGACCUGGCGCGGUGCGAGACGUACGCGAACAAGAUCGGGCUCGCGUUCCAAGUCGCGGACGAUAUCCUCGACGUCACCGCCUCCACCGAGGAGCUCGGCAAGACGGCCGGCAAGGACCUCGACGCCGACAAGACGACAUACCCGAAGCUGCUCGGCCUCGACCGCUCGCGCGAGGUCGCCCGCGAGCUCGUGGACGAGGCCAAGGCGGCGCUCGAGCCAUACGGAGAGCGGGCGGCGCCCCUGCUCGGCCUCGCCGACUACAUCAUCAGCCGGAGCAACUAGGCCUCGCGGCCGCCUCGCUCUCCUCUCUGGGCAGCGCCUCUCGCCCCGCUGCUCCCCCUCCCUCCCCGUACCGUACCUCUACUGAUCGUGGCCCGAGGCGUCUUGUGCACGUGGCCGUUGUGCUUGGGAACGUUCUUGGAUGUGGGCCAAGAGACGACGAUUGUGUGCGGUUCUCUUGUCCGCUCUCCGUCCUACCGCCGUCCGCCCGCAGUGCGAGUUAGCAGUUACAUCCCCAGGAGGGUUUGCGGACUGGCUCCUGCGUCGGUCUCGGCUCCAGCCGGUAGACAAGUCUUGUCAUCAACAGAGUAGAUGG